CGUCAUAUUAUUGUCUUAUAAAGCGGCUCUGGUUAAAAUGAACUCAAACGUGCGUCACUGACUGUCGUGGGUGUGUUUGGAGCUGAACGUCCCGCGCGUUGUUCUACAUGUCGGUCGCGUGCACUUUUCUGCCUUCUCCCUCCGUUUAAACGAACAAGUAUUCGUUAAAUAUAGUUGGUUAUGGCACUGCCAGCAAGACCACAUGUUUUCUUGGGUAUUUUUGCUGUUAUUCAGAUUAAAUUUACCUUUCAGGAUUUGUCAUCCAGUGGAGUCUCCUGUUUUACCUUUGAGAGACCCUCCAAGCAAGAGGACGCAGGCGUAAACCUCACGUUUGACAGUAAGAGACAGAGGAGAUGGAUGUUCACAUCCAAGCCAGAGGUGGAAAUCAGUCAGAACCAGGAGCUGAAGCGAUAUGUAGAGCACGGCAGGUUGGAUUCAGAGCGCUUUCCAGAAGUUGUGACGAAUGAGAGCCAUGACAACUUAUCCAUUAAGAGAGAUAUGGAUCAUAUCUACUACACAUCCAAAUUCUAUAAGCUUACAGACAGUUCACACAAGGAUUUGUGGGUAAAUAUUGAGAAAAUGGACACUGGAAAAGUUCAUGAAAUCCUCUCCAACACACAUCGACAAACUUUGAGAGUCAAUAUGUCUUUUGAUUUUCCUUUCUAUGGACAUUCAUUAAGAAAAAUCUAUGUAGCAACAGGAGGUUUUAUCUACACUGGAGAUGUUGUCCACAAAAUGCUGACGGCUACUCAAUACAUCGCUCCCCUAAUGGCCAACUUUGACCUCAGCAUCUCACAAAACUCAACAGUCAUUUACUGUGAUAAUGGCACAGCUCUUGUUGUUCAGUGGGAGCGAGUGCAUCUCCAGGACGAGGCUCUUCUAGGCAGUUUUACCUUCCAGGCAGCCUUAUACGCUGAUGGCAGAAUCACCUUUGCAUAUAAAGAGAUUCCAGUUGACAUUAGUAAGAUCAGCUCAGUGGAUCAUCCUGUGAAAGUGGGGCUUUCUGAUGCAUUUGUGGUUCUUCAUAAUAUUGAACAGCUUCCCAAUGUUUGGAGGAGAACUAUAUAUGAGUAUCAUCGUGUAGAGCUCUUAAAAUCUAAGAUCACGAAUGCGACUGCUGUUGAGAUGCUUCCGCUGCCGACCUGCCUUCAGUUCUCAAGCUGUGAGACGUGUGUUACGGCUCAGAUUGGCUUCAACUGUAGCUGGUGCAGUCGCUUGCAGAGGUGUUCCAGUGGAUUUGACCAGUAUCGUCAGGACUGGGUUGACAAUGGUUGCUUAAGUGAGAUAAAGACCCAGAGCUGUGACAGAAAACAGUCCCUCGUUAGCAGUACUCCACCAGGGAAGACAGGACUCACAGCAGCUUCUCUAACUACAACAACAUCGACCACAUCAGCCUCCUCACUCACCGGCAACGUCACCGGCACAGACUUAUUCAUGACAAACCUGUCUACCAGCCUCUUUACUGAUGAUGGAGAGAUGGGCAUCUUAGAGAAGCAAUCAGAGGAGCAAAUGCAGACUGGUUUACUCAUUGGCAUUCUUUUAACAAUGGUCCUAAUGGUACUCGCUGUGUUAGCCACCAUAUACAUGUACAACCAUCCCACAUCCAGCGCCAGUCUCUUCUUCAUAGAGAGACGACCGACACACUGGCCUGCCAUGAAGUUUCGCCGAGGUUCAGGACACCCCUCAUAUGCAGAGGUGGAAGCCACGGGACAGGAUAAAGAGGGCUUCAUCAUGAUGGACUCUAGAGACAGUUUUCUGCUUGCAGACAGGAGAGAGAGCCUGUUUCUGACAGAGCCAAAGGAAGGAUUCAUCGUCUCUGACCAGAGAGAAUGUUUCGUCAUCAUGGAGCACCGCUAAAGGUCAAUCCAGUGCUUUUUAUGAAUUAGUUCCUCUGUUUUUGAGAGUAAGUUGCACUGGCUGCUGGGAUGAAUGAAUGUGGUAUUUGUUAGAGUGCUACAAAUGCGAGAGAUCUAUUGCUCCAUCAUCACACCGAAGUGCUGUGUAAACAAUGUGGAUGCAUUAGUGCUGUUUUCUGACCUGAUGACGCCAGUGGAAUUGAAGUGCUUAGGAAAAACCUUCUCAAUUCAGCUUCUGUUUACUUUGCUUCUAAAUGGAACCUUCUGGAGAUGCAACGAUGAUGAAUCAAGUUAGUGAAAAACCUCAAAAAACAUUCAGUGUAAAUCAGGGAAGGCUAAAGGUUGAACUGUAUUUCUGCAAGUCUUACGUAAUGGACCAAAAUAAAUCCGAAUUCUUGUGGAUUACGCUG